AGAAUUUUAAGGUUCUGUCAAGCAUUACCUUGGCAGAACUUGUUAAAGCUUUGCAGGCAUUGGAGCAAAGGAGAAUAAUGAGGAAGGAAGAUUCUGUUGAAGAGAGGGUAUGCAAGUCACAAACGCAACAAGAAGAAUCCAAGGCUGCUGUAAAUCAAUAUGAAGAAGAGAAAUUGUUUGUAGCAACUUGUUUUGCUAGCAAAAGCACUUCUGAAAAUUGGUUGAUUGAUAGUGGAUGCACAAAUCAUAUGACCAGUGAUCAAGAGCUCUUUAAAGAUCUAGAUAGAUCAAUUAUUUCCAAAGUCAAAAUUGGAAAUGGAGAAUAUCUUGAUGCAGAAGGCAAAGGAACAAUUGCAAUUCAAAGUCCUACAGGUUUGAAACUUUUAACUGAUGUUUUCUUUGUUCCUGAUCUUGAUCCAAACCUCUUAAGUGUUGGACAACUACUUGAAAAUAGUUUCAAAGUGUUGUUUGAAGAAAAAACAUGUGUCAUCUAG